AUGGAACCCCCGACAUAUUCUACGCGCUCUAAACGUAAAUCUAAUGAAUUGGAGCGCAGUUCAUCCCCUUCAAAAAAAUCACGAACAUCGCUUGAUCUUCCACCUUCUUCUCCAUUAUCAUCUCCAUCCUCUACGUCAGCUGACGCCGUUUUAACUCAAAGUCCAAUGGACUCUGAAAAUCUUGAUAUCGACGCGGGAAUACCUCUCCGAGGAGGAUUUCGCGGUCGAGGUCGUGGACGCGGGAAAAUUCGUGGGGCGGGACGAGUCCGACGAAAUGGGAAUGCGAAAGUUCACGUUUCAAAGGUCACAGAUCUGGAUGUCAAUGCAGGUAUGGCAGGUGGAAAAACCUUUCGUGGAAGGGGUGGCCAUCGGGUGAAAAAAUCAAGUAAUGCGAGGAUACAGAGUUUGUAUCAUCGUAAACAAUUGCUCAAGACUCAGUAUAAGCAGGUGGCUUUGUUGCAGAGAGCCGCCCUGGAUACCAUUGCGGAUAAGUCGUUACAAGCUACGAGCGAGGAUCCAAAAUAUCAUGAGACGUUGCCGGAAUUUGUGAGGAUUUGUGAUCAAUUGGUUGCGAAGUAUGAGGAGAGAGUUGCGCUGCUGGAGGCUCAGCGUACAUUUCAAUUGCAGAAUGCGGAGAAACAGAGGUUUCUUGCGGAGCAAUAUACUAAGGGGGUAUAUGAGACAAAAGUAGAUAUGAUCAAGGAAAAGUACGAUUUGAUUAUCAAGAGAAGACUCAUUGAAGAACAUCAGCAAAUGGAAAUGCGAUCUGGUGCUGAUAGUCCAUCUCAGCAUGAACUUGAUUUUUCACAUAUCAAAAGAAUACCCGAAGAAAACUUUAUUCAUCCCGCAGAUGCGUGGGUUGAUGGUGGUCGUGCCACACAGCUUGCUGCUGAAGCUGAGAAGGAAAAGGGUAAAAAACGAGGCGGUCGUGGAAAGAAAUCUACGAAGUUGCCUGCAUCACCGUUCAAACCUCUAGAUGUUGUGAAUCCCGAUGAGACUGAAGUUGCGCCAAAAAAGACAUCCUUGUACCAACCUGCGACCUCAUUAUCUCUCGCUACUACCGUGGAUGGAGAUUCUGCAGCUCCCACCCCAACCGAAUUGACCGAGCAAGAAGAUGCCGAUGAGCUCGAGACCGAUAAAUUUGGAGUUUACAUACCAAAUAAAGCAAGACCUAGAAAUGGCGAUCCACCAAAUAAUCGUAUAGUGGUUGAGCCUCCAUUUACUUUCGAUGACGAUGAAAUUGGUAUCCGUCAUCACCAUUACAAGAAGUACAACAAGAAUGAUCUCCCAACAUUCAUUGGAAUGGACCCUACUCCACAGCCAAAAACCUUCCACUAUGAUCCUUGGGUAAGGAAUCAUCAUUCUACGAACAACCGACUGGAAGAUUUGGAUCAGACGAUUGUUGAAACUCAUAAACUGCAUCCUACUUUGGGUUUGCCUGUCAGGGGUUCCAUUAAUCCUACACUUACUAUGAGAAGUGAUUGGAGUAAACCCGUAGCAGAGACCAAACCUGUUGUCUUCGUUGUCGAAACUCAAGAUGAAGAAUCUCUCAAGCCAAGAUUUGAGACUUCUCGAUCUGCAUGGAUGGCGCGUACAGAAAGAGAAUUUGCGGAUCUUGGUCAUCAGCUCAAGAUGGCUGAAUCUUUGGAGGCGAUUGGUCUUCGUGAUCCUAUCCUUCGUCCAAUUGAGGAGAGGGUCGAACCUCAAAUUAUUGGCAAGAUUAGUGAUGAUUUGUUGCGGGCUGUAUCAGAGGCAAUGAAUCCUUCACGUAUGCCGGCUCCAUCAAUAACCUCAAUCAGAGCAAAUUCAACAGCUCCAACUUCGGUACCUGGAACACCUGCGCCAACACAAAGAACUCAGGGUUAUGACCCAGUCCGUGAUACUGGAUAUUCUCCUCACGCACGUCGAUCCCCUGUCAAAAAUAUCAACCAUACUGGAAACCUAGGUUUUCUCGCCGAUGCAGCCGAACUACACGGAGCAUCCCAAACACGCGGAGGCUAUCCCCAGUCUAUCACUCCAGCCCCAAGACCAAUGCAACAAUUUCAACACACUUUCCCCCAACCAGAAUUCCAUAGAGCAGCUCCAUCAUUUGCGCCUCCACCCCCACAUAUGAAACUCCCGCAUCCAUCACCAAUGACUCUUCCACCUCCUCCUCAGCCGUCGCAGCAACAGACGCAGUUCUUUCAAUAUGCGGGUCCGUCCCAGGCUCAAGGUGGUUCGCAUAAUAGGUACAAGGAGAUUCUUCCGGCUCCGCCACCAAGAAGAAUGCAGUCCGCUUCGUUGCCGGUACCGGUGCUGCCGGGGGGUAUGAGCUUUAAUCCGUUUUCGAAUGGGAACACGUUUGGGGGUAAUUCGGGGAGAUAA